AUGUGUCCUGAAGCAGCUGUCAAGACCACAGAUGUUUCUAAGGAGAACAAUCAACAAACGACUCAAGAGCAAAUCCCCAGGAAAGGUUUUUGUACAGUCCGACAUGGCCUGGCCUUCAUCUUGCAUUUCUGUAAUUUUUCAAUCUACGCCCAACAGACGAACCUGAGCAUCGCCAUCACAGCCAUGGUGAACAACACGGCCCUGCCCAGCCAGGCCAAUGCCUCCUUGAGCUCCCAGGACAACUGGAAUGAAACGCAGACGGAAUUCCAGGCAACAGCCCCUGCAUAUGACUGGAGUCCUGAAAUCCAGGGGACCAUCCUCAGCUCCCUCAACUAUGGCUCGUUCUUGGCUCCCAUUCCCACUGGCUAUGUGGCUGGAGUAUUUGGAGCCAAGUACGUGGUUGGUGUUGGCUUGAUUGCUACCUCAGUCCUGGGCCUCCUCAUUCCACUGGCCGCUGACGCUGGAGUGGCCUGGCUCAUUGUUGUUCGCGUUUUUCAAGGCAUAGCCCAGGUUAUGGUUUUCACAGGUCAGUAUGCACUUUGGGUCAGAUGGGCUCCACCUGUGGAAAGGAAUCAACUCAUUAGCAUUGCUGUAUCAGGGGCGAAGCUGGGAUCCUUUCUUGUGCUCCUUGUUGGCGGUCUCAUCUGCCAGAACCUAGGGUGGCCUUAUGUCUUCUAUAUUUUUGGUGCAAUUGGGUGUGUCUGUUGUCUUCUCUGGUUUCCUCUUGUUUAUAAUGACCCCAAGGAUCAUCCCUUUAUCAGCGCGGGUGAGAAGAGUUACAUCGCGUGUUCACUGGCUCAGCAGGACUUGCCAAAGAAGUCUCUUCCCAUUAAAGCUAUGAUCAAAUGUCUACCACUUUGGGCCAUCUUAGUAUCUUAUUUUUGUGAAUACUGGACUGUUCAUAUAGUAACGUCAUACUCACCAACAUACAUCCGCUCUAUACUUCAAACCAGCGUCACAACUAGUGGGAUGCUGUCAUCACUGCCACAUAUCUCUGGCUGUAUCUGCAUUAUCCUUGGAGGUCUACUGGCUGAUUUUCUCCUCUCCAGAAAAAUUCUCAGACUCAUCGUCGUCAGGAAACUCUUCACUACUAUAGGGGUCCUUGGCUCCUCUGUGGUCCUCGUGUCUCUGUACUGGGUCAAAUCCAGCCCCGCGGCCACCAUCACCUUCUUGAUACUGACUACCGUCUUCACCAGCUUCAAUCAGCCAGGCUCCCUCAUAAACUUCUUGGAUAUUGCUCCUCGGUACGCCGGCUUUAUCAAGGGACUAAUGCAAGUGUUUGCAAUCUUAGCUGGAGCCAUCUCUCCCACCGUUGCUGGAGUUUUAGUCGGUCAGGAUUCAGAAUUGGGUUGGAGGAAUGUCUUCUUGCUUGCAGCUGCCAUUGACAUUUCUGGCUUGAUCUUCUACCUCAUCUUUGGCCGAGCACAUGUGCAGGACUGGGCUAAAGAGGAGACAUCCACCCAUUUCUGAGAGAGCCAGUGUUUUCCAAGAGAACUUGGCCAUGGAAUACCAACGACAUUGUCAUGCCUGGAGAUUUUAAAGGAAGAAAAAGGGCAACAGCUCCUGUGUCUGAGUUUCUGUGAGUUCUCCACUCUUUCCACUGUUCCUGUGGUGAAAACAUCAGGGGCUGGAAGGACAUUUUCUCAGAAAAGCAGAGGAGAAAGCUGGAACCAUGGGAGUGGGGAUUGAGAAUCACAAGGAGAGUGGGGCCCAACCACCCUGAGAGCUGUCAUCGAAGGAAAACCUGCAACAAGGGAAAGCAUCGUAACUUCUGGAGGCCAAAACAGGCAAAGCUGCUGAGAGAUCCCAGUGAGAAGCGAUACAAGGCCACUCAGACUUGGCACGGAGAGGAGGCCUAAGUGAAAAAUGACAAAGACGGAAGGACGAUAGCGUGAACUCAUCACGACAAGGCAAGUCAGCAUUCCUGCAGUUAAGGAGCAGGACCAGGCUCCCACUCUUGCAGAUGACUGGCUUUCCACGGAUGCUGCUGUGGAGCUGGAGCCACCCCCAGGAUGCCUGAGCUACACAGGCACUCUCCCCCAUCAGCUCCCUCACUCUGACCUUCCUUCUGGCCAGCUCGACCCCAGUCCCACAUCUGGCUUGUGGAUAUGGGCACAUCCUUUGCAUCUCAGUGAGUGGACACUAUCCAGUUUCUCUCUCCUCCCCUUCAUGCUGUCACCCCCAUCUUGGGUACCCAUUGCUCCUCUGACUUGGAAUCCUACUCACCAUCCCAUGGGCCUAGUUCAAUGUUCACCUCCUUCACCUGAAAUGUCUUCCAAAAUACAUGCAAGACCCACAUUGGCUUGAGCCUGUU